UUCGUUUUUUUACUGCAAAUGGUGAAACCGACAACAAAUGCUAAAACGUUAAAUAUGACAAACUUUAGCGACAUUUCCACGACUGAAGAUUCUGCUGUCGGCAAAAAUUUCAGCAGCAGUGACCCGAUGACACUGGCGUGGAUCCGGACAUACUUUGGCCCUGUCGGCGUAUUCGGAAUAGUGUUCAACCUGUUCACAAUUUCGAUCGUAGCCAGACUAGGCGGCAACAAAAGUGCAUCAGGUCUUUCGGUGCAACUGCUGGCGUUUUGGAACUCGCUUGCUCUGGUGGUGGAUGCAGUAUUCGACAUGCUGCUCAAAUCUCUCUUCAACUUCAACAUCUACACUGCUGGACCCUAUCCCGAACUGGCCUGCAAGUUCUUCGGCUGCUUCGAUUGGCUCGUCAACCAUUCGGCCAAUUGGCAUGUCGUGUUGAUCUGUCUCAACCGAUACAUUUCAGGGCUGUUUUCUCUUUUUCAUAUUAUGGGCCACCCUAUCUUCUACCACCGCACGUGGACUCGGAAGCAGGUGUGGAUGUGCAGCUGGGGGGUGGUGUUGUUCACGUGGGUGUCCCAACUGCCAUUCUUAUUUUUCUACAGAGCAGUGGAGGGGGAGUGUGUCCUUGAGUUUGGCAAGCUGGUGCCGGAGUUGGCUCUGUUUGUGUAUCUCAAUGUGCAGAUCUACCUGCUCUACUUCAUACUGCCUGGCUUCUUCAUCCUCCUGUUCUCUAUCUUAUUCAUCCUACACCUCAACGCCGCCAGCUCCAAAUUCGAGCGCAGCAAGCGCAGCUCCUCUGAGCGACUGAGGACGGAGGCUGGGUUUCGAAGGAUGAUCAUGGCGCUGGUUAUGUCCUAUGUCAUUCUGGGCUCCACCAAUGUAGUGGGCUCUGCUCUACACUCUGCCGGCGACUACCAAUGGGCCACCAACUUAGGGGAUGGGGCUCUAGUGCUGCAGAACUCACUGAACCUGUUCUUCUACAUCCUGAGUGGGCCAGUAUUCAGAGAGGCACUCUAUGCUGCAUCCACGUGCAAACAGAUAGUGAAGAAGAAAGUCAGCUCCUCUAAAAACAAGAACAGUCAGAGCCAAGGUCACGAGGGAGGAGGCAUGGAUAAGUCAAGGUCACAGCAGCAAAACUGAGAUAUCAUCAAUUCGCCAAUCUCCUCUCUCUCCUACUCCCGUAAUCACCAAUUCAGUUUCCGGACAAACACA